UGGCCGCCAGUAGCCAUUUAGCCGUGGAUUCAGUGCGGGUCGCUGUUAAAUAUCUAUCUUCAAUAUAUUUUAUACACUCCUUCUACCAGGUCAGUCGUAUCAGUGCACACCAUUGAAUUCAGUGAGAUAACGGCGAUAAAUUGUGUCACCAUGUCUGUUGUGUACAUAGAGAUAAGGCCAUAUUGCUGAUUAAGGUGACUUUAAAAUCUCCUUGGACGUUGAACGUCUCGCCUGACCAGGUGUACGUGUCAAGAGAGACAAAACACCUAAAUGGCGACUGGGGGCGUGUACCUGCCACCAAGAGAAAUAUAACUGGAGAAAGUACAGGUGUUGGAGCUAUAAGACAUGUCUCUGUCCAAGAUCCUAGCGGACGAUUUCCUAACGUGCAGCAUAUGCCUUGGAAAGUUCAAAGACCCCAAGGUCCUCGGCUGUACACAUACGUUUUGUCAGCAUUGCCUCCAAGACCAUUUGGACAGAAACUUCAAAGGUCAGCCUGACUUCCCUUGUCCUAUCUGUAGGGGUCAAUGUGUCCUCCCCGGGGGCGGUGUUAGUGGUUUACAAACAAAUCAUCUUCUGGUCAGCAUAUCACACACACUUAAUCAAGUAGAAAAAGCCAAGGCUGCUAAGAAAUGUGAAGUGUGUUGUCUGAAAAAUGUCCGCAAUCCACCCACGGCAACAAAACGUUGUUUGGACUGCAAGGAAAGUAUGUGUGAAGCUUGUUCUUCAGACCAUCUGCUUCAUAAGUUAAAUCGCGACCACAAACUGUUUCCUGUCGACCAGUUUGACAGUGACGAUUACGUGACAGAGCUGCGUGCCCGACAAAACACCCUUUGUGACCACAACAACAAGGACCCCGUAGAAAUCUUCUGUCCAGUGUGUAAAAAGUUCAUCUGCGUUGGUUGUAUGGUUUUAGAACACCAGGGGCACAAUUGCCUAAGAAUCAACAUUGCUGCUGACAAACGCAAGGAAAAACUAAAAUUUCACGUGAAGCCCAUCGAGAAGAAAAGUCUUCUCUUCGAUCAGUUCAAAACCGCUGCUGAAGACCAGAAAGCAUCAGUAGAAGAAGGAAGAAAGACAGCAAAGUCUCAAGUUAAGAAGCAGUUAGAGCUAAUAAUUCAGCUGGCCAGUCAACGUGCCGAUAAUCUUCUGAAAGAAAUAGACACCAAAUUGAAUGCUAAAUUAGAUACUUUAAAUGAAUUAAUUGAAACUGCAACCGCCAACCAAAACCGACUGGACGACGUUGUUGACUUCUCGAGAAAGCUCAUAAACCACGGGAACGAUAUGGAUGUUCUGCAAAUGGCACUAGUCUGUGAGCAAAGCGUCGAGAGCGUUCAGACUAUCGACAUCCCGACCCUGCCUGCAGCCAUGACCAGGCUCCAGCUUAUCACCAAAGACAUGGAGGAGUGCGUUACCAAUAUCAACAGUUGCCUUGGAGACGUGGUUCCCGCUGCCAGUGGAAGAUUGGUGACAUCAUUCAAAGAAGAACUGAGCAAGUGUCCCGAGGAAGUGAUCAGUCGCUUGACCACUGAUGCGAAUUGCGACAUCCUCAUUAGUAUUUUUUGUAAGGAUAAGGCACGAAACAGGAUCAAUAUCUACGAUAACAACUUUGUCCUACAAGACACGAUUCCUAACCCAAGAGCAGCAGAAAAGGAAUCCUUUGCCGGUAUUGCCAUUGAUGAUGACAGUCACAUCGUCACUAGAUGUCAGGGAUCAAAUGAAAUCAUUGCCUUCACCAAAACAGGGGACCAAGUCAGAACAUUCCACAGUAAGUCACCACAUGCAGUAGCGGUCAACAGCAAGGGUCACUAUGUUGUAGCCGGUUUCAAUACCCUGACUGUGCACCACAAGGAUGGCAAGGUCCUGCAGACGGCACCAGACCCAGGGGGUAAAUAUACUAAACACAUCCACUGUGACGUGAAUGAUGGCGCCAUAGUCUCAGAUCCAGCAUCUCAUCACAUCCGUGUCUACGAUUCCACUCUCCAGCUCAAAUACAGAUAUGGUACCCAGGGUGCUGGGGAUGGACAGGUGGGCAGACCGUGCGGCACGUGCUGCUUGGAUAAUGGAGACAUAAUUGUAACAGACCCCGGCAACUACCGUCUACACCUGGUGUCACCAGAUGGGGAAUUCAAGCAGAUUCUUUUAAGCAAAGAAGAUGGAAUUCGCGUUCCUGUAGAUGUAGUACUGAAUCGUUUUGGACAACUGGUAGUCGGGGAAGAGAGAGGUGGGAUUAAAGUUUUCCAGUUAUGACUCAUGAUAUCAAACUAACAAUGGACACCGAUUAUAUGAUUGAUAAUACAAAAGACUAAAUCGAUUCUUACUUACAAUGUAAUGUCAGCCGGCCUCGUGUAAAACUUAUGAGACGUGGACCAUAAACGUUUUGUUUCAGUAUAAUUCCUCGGCCCAUUGGUUGCAUAUCCUUUAAGGGCGAAAAUUGUUAUCUGUAACUAAACAGGCAUAUGAUGUCACAGAAUAUUGUAAAUCUGUAUUUGUGCACCACGCAUAUUGUUGUAAUACAAACAUUAAUUGUUACCUGGUUAUACUGGAAAUGACUGAAAAAAAUUAGCAUCUGUAAUUUUUGGGAAAGAAGAAAUAUGUCAAAGCAACUGGAUUCUGAAUAUGUCAAGGUUUAUACUGUUACAAGUAUCACUCCUGUAUUAUUUUUUUUUCAGUUUUAGAGAAUUGUUUCCCCUGUAAAAUAAUCUACUGUAUUGAUGUUUAAAAUUAUUUUAUUUAUGUAUUUACACUGUUGCAAUGCAUGUAUCAUUCUGAGAGGACAGAGAGGCGUUUGUUAUAAAUUGUACGAAUGGGAAAAUUUAAUUGAAAUGUUAAUU